AUGCACCUCUUGACCUCGUUGAUUGGACUUGCCAUUGGCCACCUGGCAGCGCCUCUUGUUUGCGGUUUUGCGAUACCAUCAUCCUCGUCUCUGAAGAGCGACAUCAUUUUGCUGUACAACAACGAUCUGAACCUCAGUCAGCAACCAACUCAACGCAGUGCUCUUCUCCUUUCAACACCACAAAUCCACGCUCACGCAUCGAGCGCAUGCGCAGCCCUUGGCGAGAAGUUGCUGCCGGUUAACAAAACGUUCUUGACGAUCGACUUGGUGCCUCUCCUCCAGUAUCAAGUCUUUCAAAAAAAAUUCCCUGCUGCCCAGCAGUUCUGGGUCGCCAGUUCGGGUCCUGUCUGCCGGACUGUAGACUCUAAGGGUGUCGUUAGCUCUUCUCUGACGUGUUCGCGAGAGCUUCCUGUGCUCUGCUCCCAGAGCGCCGGAUUCCAAGCCGCCGCCCAACCCACAACAUCGCUGAUGAUUAAGUCUCAGGACCUGACUAUAACAGGAUUUCGGGAUCAGACUUCGUUCAAGUUCUUCGGCAUUCCGUAUGUGGACCCUCCAGCACGGUGGGAGUACCCUACGACGGGCUCGACGUCAAGCAGCGAGGACUGUCUUUUCCUGAAUAUUUGGACUCCCUUCAUCCCUUCUCCAAACACGAAGACGUCUCUGAAGGCAGUUAUGUUCUGGAUCCACGGCGGCGCGUUCACCGGGGGAACGGGAAGCGACCCGACGUUCGAUGGCAACGCCUUUGCCUCUCGCGGUGAUGUCGUCCUUGUCACGAUCAACUAUCGACUUUCUACGCUCGGCUUCCUCGCGCUCGAUGAUGGCAAGACAAAUGGGAACUUCGGACUCGCCGAUCAAAUCGCUGCGCUUGACUGGGUGCGCGAGCACAUUGCUGCAUUCGGUGGCGACAAGGACCGUAUCACGAUUUUCGGCCAGUCUGCGGGGGCUGCGUCCGUUCGUGCUCUCAUGGGCUCUCCGAAGGCGAUCGGAAAGUACGCUGCAGCGAUCCCAGAGAGCAAUCUCGCGGGCCAAAACUAUGCCACAACGUACUCGUUGUAUUACACCAUUGCUGCGGAAGUCUCGCUCGUCGCGGACGCCAUAGUCUCUGCGGUCAAUUGUAGCGAUUCCAGCGACGUCUUGUUCUGCCUCAGGGGUGUCGAUGCGAACACAGUAGUCAAUCUCCCAACCGUAGCUCGAUUCAUUGUGGUCGACGGAACAUAUGUCGUUCACACUCAGCUUCCGGUGGACGGCUCUGGCGCAGUUGCUGAUAUUCACACAAUGAUGGGCUUCAUGCGCGAUGAUGGCGCCGCCUUUAUUGGGUACCCAACUGACGGGAACUUGACGGAGGGACUCAUAGGCGCGUCCCUCAGCACCACUGUCGCAAACAACACACUGUUCCCAGAGCCGUCCGGCGCGAACGCCACAUUGAACGUGUUCAACAUAACUGCUGGCGUUACAACAGACGUCGAAUUCCGUUGUCUGGAUCAGGCGACGGCGUUCUCUGGAGUCACGCACAAUCUCUUCAAGAGUGUUUGGUUUUAUGAGUUCAACAGGAGUUACCAGCUAUCGGGAUAUGAUCCUAACUUUCCGACGUGCGAAGCGCCCAUUACCAAUGAGCACCCCUUCGGAGAUACAUCCGCGGAAUACUUCAAGUGUCACUCCGGCGAACUAUACUACGUCUUUGGCUCGAUGCCUGCCGAUCGUCCGUACCGCGACAAUCAAGAUCUGCCGUUUAUGCAGCGCAUCGUUGACGUCUGGUCCUCUUUCGCGCGUACGUUCAACCCGAACCCCGACCCUGGUUUCCUUGCUGCCCGCGGGUUCACGAGCACGGCGCAGCAGUUGGCGGCCCAGCGGAAGUGGGAACCGGUGACGAAGGCUAAUUUGCAUGGGAAGCCGGUGCAGCAGCUACAGUGGGAGAGCGUGAUGGUUCCGUUUGGACAGCAGGAGCAGUGCGAGUUCUUGGGCUUCCCGCUGACAUAUUAUGGGUAA